CAUACAAUCGGCACAAUGGAGGAACGAGACGAGAAUACAUUUAGUUUUCUAAAAGUAAAACCAAGUCAUCAACAACGGUGACUGGAAAUGAUCUCCUUCUGUUAGUAUUCUUGUGCAUUCGUAGCUAACGUGCAAGCAGGGCAGGCGACAAACAGACAAGUGUCGACAUUGUGCAUUUUCCACUUCAACCUAAUUGUCCGCCCUAAUUGACCAACUUUCUUUUCUACCCACUUACGGAAACAUCAUGAAAACAGAACUGAUUCAUUCAUACAGCACUGCUAGCCUUUCGGCACUGGCAAAAUCUGACUCUUCUCUGAGUCUUAGUGCCGAAUUUCAUCCUGGAGGGUACUCCUCCAGUCCCCAACCACCUGAAACAAAGAGUUCGAAUCUCGAUUUGGCAAAAGCCGUGGCCAGAGAAUGGUGGGUGAAAACUGCCCGACGGAAAACGAUUGAACGAAAGUUUCCCAUGAUACGUUGGCUCCCAAAUUAUUCGACCGACAAAUUGGUGUCAGAUAUUGUUGCAGGGUUCACCGUAGGUCUUACCAUUCUACCCCAGGGCUUAGCCUACGCUCAAGUGGCUGGCUUACCACCUCAGUAUGGUCUUUAUUCUGGUUUCGUUGGCUGUUUUGUCUACAUUCUGCUUGGAGGAACGGCCGAGGUGACUAUAGGUCCCACCGCAAUAAUGAGCAUCAUAACUUAUACAUAUACACAUGGAAAACCGCCGGCUUUCAGCGUCAUACUAUGUUUUAUCACAGGCGUCGUCACGCUCCUCAUGGGUGCUUUUCAACUCGGUUUCAUUGUUAAUUUCAUCUCUACUCCCGUAAAUUCUGGAUUUACAAGCGCGGCGGCGAUCACAAUUUGCUCGACGCAAAUUAAAGGGUUGCUUGGGCUCAAAUUUGCAGCAGAAGGAUUUUUACCCACAAUUAAAGGAGCGAUUCAGCAUAUCUAUGAAGUUCGGUUGUCCGAUUCCAUCCUCAGCUUGAUUUGCAUCAUCUCUCUGCUUGUUUUAAUGAAGUUGCAACUCUUGCUUCGAUUCGUGACCAAUCGUAUUCCCAUUUUAAAUCAACCAUUGUGGUUUAUCAGCACGGCAAGAAACGCCAUAAUUGUGAUAGUUUGCACUGCUGUGGCAGCAGGUAUUGGACCCAGUCAACCAUUUUCAAUUGUCGGCCACAUUGUCCCAGGCCUCCCAGAAUUUGCUUCGCCACCGUUUACCAUUCAGGAUCCUGCGACGAAUGUAACAUAUUCAUUUACCGACAUACUUCAGGAGGAAGCUAGUGCUCUUGUCGUUCUCCCUCUUCUUAGCAUCAUGGAACAUAUAACGAUUGCAAAGGCGUUCGCUCGGCCCGAAAAUCCUAUUGAUGCUUCUCAGGAGAUGCUUUCCAUUGGAAUCUCGAACAUAAUUGGAAGUUUCUUUAGUUCCAUGCCCAUUACCGGAAGUUUUUCAAGAACCACAGUGAAUGCGAUGUCAGGUGCAAAAAGUCCUCUAGGAGGGCUUGUGACAGGAGCGAUGGUUAUUUUGGCCCUUCGGUUUCUGACUCCUUAUUUCUACUAUAUACCAAAGGCUAGUCUGGCUGCAGUUAUCGUUUGUGCGGUGAUAUUCAUGGUCGACUUGGAUGUGAUUAAACCUAUGUGGAGAAGCAAAAAAAUGGAAUUUGUUCCCUGGAGUUUGACUUUCAUCGUUUCUCUGUUCGUGGGUUUGGAGUGGGGAAUGAUGACUGGAUUCAUCAUUAGCGUUGUAUAUCUUUUAUAUUACGCCGCCAAACCUGGUGUUAAAGUCAAGAAAGGAUAUACGAGCUGCGGAAACGAGUUUCUUCUUGUGGAGCUUGAUCGCUCGAUUACUUUUCCAUCGCUAGAAUAUAUAAAAUAUGUAAUAUCCAAAUCAAGCAUAUCGUGGGGAAAGAAUAAGCUUCCUAUGGUGGUGGAUUGUAACCAUGUCCAAUUUCUGGACUAUACGGCUGCCAACGGUUUGAAAGAUGUAGUACAACAAUUUAAGAAACGGCGUCAGCCAAUAGUGAUGUAUAAAAUGAAAUCAAGUAUAAUUCGAACCCUGGUUGGUGCGAUGCCAGCCCCGGAGAAUCUGGAAUCAGAUGACGCAGGAUUCAGAAUUUGCAGAAGCGAGUCUGAACUGGAGCAAUUCAUCGAUGAAGUGUCCCAGGCUAUUUCAAGGACAGAGGUUUUAGAACAAAAAGAAGUAGGUACAGAAGAUGUCACGGUGGAUGUCCAUACUCCUCUCCCACACCACAGAAAUAAAUAUAAUUCUUUCCCUUUAAACUAAUUAAUAGUCAGGAAACCUACAAAGUUUAAUAAUUUUUGAAUUUGUAUAAAAUGUAAACUACACAAUAAUAAACUGAGUUACUAUUUAUUAAGACCAUAAUAAA